AUGUCGAUCCUGAAAACGUUCAACGUGUUAUCGGUCGCAACAGCGCUGACGGUUCUGUGGUCACUGGGCCAGGACGCGCACGCGUUCGACUGCAAAUCCCCAGCGAGGUCGCAACCCCUCUGCCGGGUAGACUUGAGCGUGGAUCCGGUUGGGAUAGUUCUCAAGUACGGCAUGUAUGCUGCUCCGGAAACUAUGUUCCCCGGGCCAUAUGACUGCCAUCCGCUUGGUCAAGAGGACUACACGCCCAGGUGUUGCGCGAAAAACGCAGUGCCGGUGACUCCUAAGGGCUACAAAGCAACGCCGGUCGAUCCAGCCGCCGAAUCCAACGCAUGUUCGUCGCCUUAG